UCAAAGACUGCUACCUGUGAUUGGUCCGUGAAAAUUUUUCUCAUCUUCUCAGCGCGCUGGCUGGGGUGGUUUAUGCCAGCGCUGCCUGUGCAUCGCCUGAAUCCGAUUCCUCCUCUUCUUUCCUCAUUUCAAUUUUCCUUCGCGGUUAAGAAAAUCUAGUCAAAAUGGGUCGCAUGCACACUCCGGGCAAGGGUAUCAGCUCCUCUGCCACCCCCUACCGUCGCACUCCCGCCUCGUGGGUCAAGGCCACCCCCGAGGACGUCUGCGACCAGAUCUGCAAGCUCGCUCGCAAGGGUAUCAACCCGUCCGCAGAUCGGUGUCAUCCUGCGUGACUCGCAGGGCGUCCCCAUGGUCGCUCCGAUCACCGGCACCAAGGUCACCCGCAUCCUGCGCGCCAACGGUCUGGCCCCCGAGAUCCCCGAGGACCUGUACUUCCUUAUCAAGAAGGCUGUCUCCGUCCGCAAGCACCUCGAGCGCAACCGCAAGGACAACGACGCCAAGUACCGCCUCAUUCUCAUCGAGUCGCGUAUCCACCGCCUUGCCCGCUACUACAAGACCGCUGGCCAGCUCCCGCCCAACUGGAAGUACGAGGCUGCCACCGCUUCGACCAUCGUCUCUUAAGCAAUCCUGCAUUGCUUGUCAAGUUGCCAGUAUGGCCAAGCACCAUGGAUGCCUCUUUGUUGUUGUUGCUUCUUGCCAAUAAAUGAAAGGUGUUCACAUAGCUGC